AUGAUAUGUUCCUCUAUCUCUUCCGCUUCUGUUCAAUGCAGCUUUGCUUUCUUGUUCUAUUCGCUGCCAUUAGGCCAAUUUAUCAAGAUAGUCAUUCACCGAAAUAUUCUGUUCUUUCACAAUCAUUCUAUUAUAUCCUGCUAUUAUCUAUUUUCUAUCAAUAAUAUUGCAUUCGAUAUUGACAUUCGAUUUUCCUAUCGUAUUCUACUCUCCGUCAGAUUCUCUUUCAUAUCUCUCAUAUUCUGCUCUCCGUCUGAUUCUAGUUUCAUAUCUCUCAUUUCUGCUAUCUCUGAUUCAAGUUUCAUAUUCUCAUAUUCUGCUCCUCUCAUAUCUCUCAUAAUUUGCUCUCCGUCUCAUCCUCGCUUCAGAUCUCUCAUAUUCUGCUUUCCCUCGCCAUCUGAUCCUAGGUUCAUAUCGAUCAUAGUCUGCUCUCCGUCUGAUCCUAGCUUCAGGUCAGUCGUGUUCCGCUCUCCGUCUGAUCCUAGCUUCAGCUUCAUAUCUGCCAUAUUCUGCCCUCUUUUUGAUCCUUGCUUCAUAUUUGUCAUACUUUGCUCUCCGUCUGAUCAUAGCUUCAUAGCUGUCAUAUUCUGCUAUCCGCCUAUUUCAUCUAUCUAUCUAUCUAUCUAUCUAUCUAUCUAUCUGAGCCUGUUCAUAAUCUAUCUAUCUAUCUAUCUAUCUAAGGCUCUGAUGUAUGUAUCCAUUUAUCUAUCUAUCUUUGCCUCUGAUGCUCUGAUCUAUAUAUUUACCCUAGGCUCUGAUCUAUCUAUCUAUCUAUCUAUCUAUCUAUCUAUCUAUCUCCUAAACCUUCGCUUCAUCGCUCUGUGCCAUUUAAUUCUCUUAUUUGAACUUCCUCCUCCUUUUACCUUUUUUCUAACCCGUCUCUCUCUCUCUCUCUCUCCUUUCAUGUUUUCGGCUUCACCACUCACUCUCAUUUUCUUCCUGUUUGUCGUCUGUUUCUUCCAUUUACGGUCGCUCUCAAACUUCGCUUUCUUUUUUUUCUUUAUUGUGUUUUUAUUUCUUUCUCUUUUUCUUUCUCUUUUCUAUAUAUUUCUCUUUCUUUCUUUAUAUAUUUCUCUUUUCUCUCUCUUUCACUUUUCUAUAUAUUUCUCUUUUCUCUCUCUUUACUCUUUCCUUUCUCUCUUUCACUUUUCUAUAUCUUUCUCUUUUCUCUUUCUUUCACUUUUCUAUAUAUUUCUCUUUCUCCCUAUAUAUAUUUCUCUUUUGUCUCUCUUUCUCUUUUCUCUAUAUUUCUCUUUUCUUUUUUUCUUUUUUCCAUAUAUUUCCAUAUCUUUCUCUUCUCUAUACCUUUCUUUCUAUUCUUUAUAUCUCUCUUUCAUCAUCUUUCUUUCUUGCACACACGCACAUCGAAUUUGA